GAGCUGCCGUAUGAGUUCGGCUACGACGAGGACGUGGGCCAGCCGUGGAGGAGGAGGGCCGACGGCGAGAAGGAGUACGCGAAGCUGAUCCACGGCCAGGCCGCGUCCGACCCAGCCAUCGCGGUGUGGCCCGUCGACGGCAUGACGCGGCCCGUCCAUCAGGUGCUCACCGAGGACCUUCCAGUGGCCAAGCAGCCGCCGACCUCCCUGGGCGCAGACGCCAAGCAGCCGCCGACCUCCCUGGGCGCAGACGUCCAGAAGAUCUUGCGGUCUGGACUG